GGGGGAAAAAUAUACGAAGGGGUUUAAACUGCAGGUAACGAUCUCUUCCUCGCAAAUCACGUCCCUUCGUCCGUAAUAUAACUCCUCAGGCCACCGCGACAUCCAACUCGUUAACUUCUCCUUCCCUCCCUCGUUCUUAAACCGCUCGCAGUAAUAAGACAUUUCGUCGACUACUUCGACUUCAAACUCUUCGGUGCGCAAAAUGACUUCCACCGACCGAAGCCAACUCCGAGAGUGGCUGUCUGCCGCAUCUCUCCGUUCCUAUCUCGCCGAGUUCAUCUCCACCUUCUUCUUCGUCUUCGCCGCCGUCGGCUCCGCCAUCUCUGCCCGGAUGUUAACGCCGGAUGUCACGUCGGACGCGUCGUCGCUGGUCGCGACGGCGCUCGCGCAGGGCUUCGCGCUGUUCGCUGCGGUCUACAUCGCCGCCGACAUCUCGGGGGGCCACGUAAACCCCGCCGUCACCUUCGGCCUCGCCGUCGCGGGGCACAUCGGCGUCCCGACUGCCAUCUUUUAUUGGAUCUCCCAGUUGGGUGGCUCCAUUCUCGCUUGCCUCCUCCUCCGCGUCGCCUCGGCCGGACAGGCGAUUCCGACGACGGGGAUAGGGACGGAGAUGACGGGCUUCGGCGGGGCGGUGGUGGAGAGCGCGAUCACGUUCAUUCUGGUGUACACGGUCUACGUGGCUGCGGACCCCGGGGGCGGCGGCGGAGACGGAAAGAGGAAGAGGAAAAUGAGGCGAGAGGUGGCGGGGCCCCUCGCGGUAGGUCUGACGGCAGGGGCGUGCGUCCUGGCGGCCGCCUCCCUCACGGGGGGAUCCAUGAACCCGGCGAGGUCCUUCGGCCCGGCCGUCGUCAGCGGCAACUUCAAGAACCACGCGGUCUACUGGGUCGGGCCCCUCAUCGGCGCAGCCCUGGCGGCGCUGGUUCACCAAUACCUGGUGUUCCCUUCCGCCUCCUCCGACGCCUAUCCCAACUCCACGGUGUAGAAGAGACUUCGGUUGCUUUAUGUCUCUAUAUACUCACUCAUCUUUGCCUUUGUUCUUAUACAUUCCGUUCCUCUAAUAAUAAAGUAGAGUAGCGUCGAUAAGGAGAGAUUAAUAUUAUAUAUCUACAAAGUUGUGUAGUCUCUCUGUACGUAUGUGCACUAAUGAC